CGUUCGGUUUCAUUCGGCUAAUCAACGUGCGCGCCGCUCAGUCCACCAGUCCACCAUGAGCCGUCGAAUGGUUCGCGUUUUUUGAGUUUCUCAUCUUUUCCUUUUGUUCUUUGGUACUUCCCUUUUGCUCGUGGACUCAUUGCUACUCCCUGCAAUUCAUUCGCGGACCGUUCUCAUUCGUGGGCAUGUGUUACGUGCAAUUCGUUUAACUUGUCUGGAUAUACAUGUGAUGAACAGUAAGGGUGUUAGUGAAUAAGUGAAAAUUUUUAAAAACCGACAAUAUGAGAAACUCAACGUUAUUGAAAUGGGCGCAGAACUCGGCGAACAGUAAAAAUCAAACCAGCAAAAAUGGAACGAAUAGGAACUGGAUACAUCCAUCAGAUGCACUCCAAAAAGGCCACAUCGCCUACUUGGUCAAGUAUUUGGGCAGCACAGAAGUGGAUCAACCUAAAGGUAUCGAGGUUGUUAAAGAAGCUAUUUGUAAACUGAAGUUUAAUCAACAAUUAAGGAAAAGCGAAGGUACGAAGACUCCUAAGGUGGAAUUGACAAUAAGCAUUGAUGGAGUUGCAAUUCAGGAGCCUAAAACGAAAACAUCGCCAAAACGGAUUAUGCAUCAAUAUCCACUACAUAGAAUAUCAUACUGUGCCGAUGAUAAAGGCGAGAAGAAAUUCUUCAGUUUUAUCGCAAAAGAAGAAAACGCUGACAGACAUACUUGUUUCGUUUUCGUUAGCGAUAAAUUAGCUGAAGAGAUUACGUUGACUAUUGGUCAAGCCUUCGAUUUGGCCUAUAGGCGGUUCUUAGAAACAUCUGGAAAAGAUUUAGAAACGCAAAGACGCUGCAUGGUACUGCAACAAAAAAUAAAACGAUUGGAAUACGAGAAUAACAUCUAUCGUCAGCGGUUACAGGAUAUAGCUGCGAUUAAAGGAUCGGCUGAUGUGUCAGCAUAUUUAUCGCAACACAAUCUUCCGGAUAUCCUGCAUGUGCCUGGCGCCACAAAUGAUACAGUGCAAGUAAAUGGAUUAGGAAGCAAAUCGUCUCUUGGUAUAAACGAUAGUAAUGGAAAUACAUCUAAUGGAUCGCAGCAACCACCUCCAGUUCCUCCAAGAAGUUUUGAAAAAACAUUUGAUGACAAUUUCAUGGGAGGUGAAUCUACACCAACGCCGUCAGUUGGUACCAAAUUGGAAGGACUUUUAAUGGACGAAUUCGAGGAGGAUUUUAACCCUAGGGCAUAUGAAAGUACAGCGAAUGGUUUGACAAAUCAUCAAACGAAUUAUAAUAAUCUUCUAAAUGGCCAAGUAUCCUCGAAUUCCAACUUUUUUUCACAAAGCAAUGGCACUACAAGUCCUCCACCAUUAUUGGCACCACCACCGAAAGCAAAGGAUUCCAGACGUCAGAAUGGGGUAAAAGAAGAUUUAUUUGGUAGCAUCCCUUUCAAUCCCACGCCAUCAGUUAAUACAAAAAAUGAAUUCAAUGAUCCAUUUGAAAUGGGCGAAUUCGGAGCUACAACUGCGGUUUCUAAUCCUAGCCAACAAGAAUUGGAAAACGCGAUUGGCCUUUUAGAUAAGAAACUGCUCGAAAUGAAGGAUGGUUUUAGUAGAGGUCUGUCAAUUGAUACUGAUGAUUUCUCAUUGGAAAGUUUGGAUCCAUUGCGAAAUUGAAUCAAAUUAAAAGUCUUUUUUGAAAAGAAAUGACAGUUGUUUGUUAUCGUAUGUUCGUCGAGGAGCAUGAAAUUCCAGGAAAUGAAUAGGCAAAUUAGGAACAUACAUUUAUGCGAAACCAAAAUUAGUCAAUUACUAUUAUAAUUAUAUUAAUCAUAUAUUUAUCAUGAUGUUUGAUAUUUAUCAUAUGAAUAUCGAUAGUAGCUUUAGUCUCAAUGCUAAAUACAGCAGAGACUUUUCAUUGUUAAAAAGUAUAAAAAAACAAAUGGUAUUAAUAUUUGUAUAACGCCUUUAUUAAUACUGUUUAUUUUUUUAUAAAAACUGAAUUAUUUUAACAACAUUAUUUUAACAACAUAUAAAAAGAUAAUAAUACAAGACAUUUUAACAAAUGCAUUUCCUAUUGCAGUUAUUUAUUCUAUAAGUCAGAUGAGAAAUUUUCAAAUUAAACAUUCUUUUAUAUAAAUAUAUAAACAUAAAUGAAUGAAUCAACCUUCGUGCUUUUCAUCAGCAUGUAAUGGGCUAACUCGAAAUUAGUUAUCAAACUUAUAAAUCUAAUUCUUGUUGUUAAAGUUAUUAUUUGUAAUAUAUAAAUUUUACUGUUGGUAAAUAAUCCAUUCCGUAGGAAUCUCCAAUAUGAAGUAUAUUUAAGAACAUAGAGUCAUGAGAAACUAUCAUUUUUAAUCUCAUUUAAAUGAAUGAAAUGAAAAAUUCUAUCAUUUUUAGUCGAGAAAUAAUUAAGGAUUUUAAAAAAAUGCAAUUGUCUAUAAAUAUCAUAAAAUUCAAUGAAGAGAUGUUAGUAAUAUAUUUUCAUGCAGAUAUAAUUGAUUGUCUGUGUGUAUCUUUUUGCUGUGGAUUAGCAAAGGAGAAAGAUAUUGGAGCAUCAACUAAAAUAGUAGUAGAUAUUUCUUUUAAUAGACAGUUGUAUAUCUAACACCUAAAUCUCUUCUAUCGAUCUAUCAUCUUCUAUUUGUCCUUCCAUUUCCUAUUAUUAUCGUUUAUUUGGCAUCAUAAACAUACAUAUAUAUAAAAGAACAAAAAAAUAUAAGAAAAAUGUAAAGUGGUAUGAGUGUGUGAAAGAUUACAGUCGUGCAAUUUCACAGAUACUUAUAUAUACAUAUGUACGACAUGCUAUCUUCAAGAUAAUAGAGAUCGAUGUUUGAUACAAUAAGAAAAAUAUUAAUUAUGUACAUAUGAAAUGCUGUUUUAUUAUUGUUGCUCUAUUGUUUAAGUAUUAUCGUUAAUAAUAUAUUGCAUAAAUAAUGUA